UUUUAAAUGUUGAGCUCCUGCAGCUGCGCUUGGGAUAUUCUUUGGGCAGCAAACGCAGUGACACUGAAUACGUGACCAAAUGCUUUUAUUUGACCAUUCUUGCAUCUUAUGACAUUAUUCAGUAUUAAAAUAGAAGAGCAGAGACAAAUACAAUAGAAAGCAAACAACUACCCAGAAAUUCUGUGAAUAUUUGGAGAAAAGGAAGUGGGGGACGUGAAGAGAAAUUGCUGUUGAUUUUACCCCAAAAUUCCCUAUAGAUUUCUAAUGCCCUUGCACAUGUGCUACCUUGAUUGUGAUUAUUUAUUACUCAUACAGACCUUCAAACCAUGCCCUCCCUCCCUCCCUCCCAGAUAAAAAUACAUCCAAAAUGCACAACUUUGCAUAGCACCUUUUUCUUCUUGCUUAGCUAUGGCCCUGGAGACAAAGAUCUGCCUUCAUAUUCUAUCACACCAUUCACCUGCGGGUCUCAAAGCACUUCAUAAAAAUGAAGCUUUGCAAUGCCCUCUGCAGGGUGGAUAGUAUUAUCUCCAUUUUACCGAGGUGGGGAUUAUCCAUGAGUGUGAGAAGUGCUGCAACAAAAAGGUCAAUUAACUUUCUUGAGGCCACAUUGCAAGUCAGUGGACAAGGCAGGGAAAGAACCCAGGCAUUCCUAUGCCACCCAUUAGUGAAUAUUCUCAUUAAAUACUACCUUAGCUAUAGCUCCUUCCCCUAACCUGAUGGGAGAUGCCUAUGCAAUACUCAAAAGUUGUCCCUGCUCCAGCUACUCCUUCUUACCCUUGUGACAUUCUGCCUAUUAGAGGCAUUUUCAAAUCAACACUAGAGAGAGAAACAGAAAUGAAAGGCUCCUACAUUGCUUCCAGCUUUCAAUCAUGUUUCCAGAGCAAUUGGGCUGGAAAGGUUGCUCACUGGUGAGCUCUGCUAUGAAUAGAAGCAAUGAAUAAAUUACUGCAGCUGACAAAUUAGAGCUGUAGAGCUUCUCCAGCAAGAGAGAAGGGUUCACAGAGAAAGCAGUGCAGUGAAAAUCCAUUCCCCAACCGUGUACCCAGGAGAAACAGAUCCAGCCUGCACAGGCUGCCUCUGGAACACAUCCCCCUGCAGAAGAUUCCAGUCUUGCUCUUCUAGGAGCUACUACCACACUCUGCAAGAACAGGACCAGACUUUACCAGAUCGCGAAGGGAUUUUCUUGAAUCAUAAUGGCUAAAUGGCCUUCUGAGUUUUAUUGCUUGGAGAACUCAGCCAGGAAUGGAUCAUCAAGUAGCAUGUAAACCGUCUGAAAAGUACAAAGACAAUAUCCACCUUCUGAAGCAGCAGUCUAAGGGCUAACGGCUUUUGAACUGGCUUCCUUCCUCACUUUGCCAACCACACCAGGAAGGAGGGAUGGCUAAGCUCAAAGCAACAAUUAAUAACACCAGAGGAGCCUAUGGGAGCCCAGAAUCCUGGAACCCAGAGCACACUGAGAAUGCCUCCUUCCCCAACUUUACAUUGACUUUCACGUUUCGCCAAUGGGCCACUGACCAAGCACUGAAUGGAAUCCUCAUUGGUGUCCUCAGCAUUGUCAUGGUGUCACUGGGAUGCACCAUGCAGCUCUCCAAGAUCAAGACUCACUUCUGGAAACCUAAAGGGGUGGCCGUUGCUGUGGUGGCUCAGUAUGGCAUAAUGCCUCUGACAGCGUUUGCCUUGGGAAAGCUCUUCCAUUUGGGACCUAUUGAGUCUCUGGCUGUGCUCAUCUGUGGUUGCUGUCCAGGUGGAAACCUCUCAAACAUUUUUAGUCUGGCAUCAAAAGGAGACAUGAACCUAAGCAUUGUGAUGACCACAUGCUCAACGCUCCUGGCACUUGGGCUGAUGCCUCUUCUACUGUAUCUUUACUCAAGAGGGAUGUACCAGGGCAACCUAGAGGGCAAAGUACCUUACAAGGGAAUAGUCAUCUCCUUGGCCAUGAUGCUCAUUCCCUGCACCAUUGGCAUCUUCCUGAAUGAGAAGAAGCCACAGUAUGCUCGCCUCAUCAUCAAGGCAGGGAUGAUUGUGUUGCUUGUAUCAUCUGUUCCAAUAAUUGCUCUGUUUGUGACAAGUGUUGGAAACAGUUUUUUGAUCGUCUUCUCACCACCCCUACUGGGAAUGUCUGCCUUGAUGCCUUUUAUUGGUUUCCUGCUUGGCUACAUGCUAUCUUCAUUUUUCAAGCUCAAUGACAGGUGCAGGCGGACAGUCUGCAUGGAGACUGGUUGCCAGAAUGUGCAGCUCUGCUCUACCAUCCUCAGAGUGGCCUUUGCCCCCGAUGUCAUUGGACCCCUUUUCUUCUUCCCGUUCCUAUACAUGGCAUUCCAGCUUGGAGAGGGCUUUCUCCUGAUACUGGCCUUCAGGGUUCAUGAAAAGCUAAAGAAACCAAACGAUACAGCAAAAAUGAUCUACACAGCUGUGGAUGAUAUUGCACAAGAAACAGAACCACCAGCAAAAUAGGUGGAUACUACAGAAGCACCACACCUCUGAUACACCCACCAAUGCUCCGGGUUAUAGCUUCUGCACCGUUUGCUGACCUCCACCAGUUUUGUAUGAAAUGUGCACCAAUGUUGCUCUUAAAACAAAGGUGUGAGCAGAUCCUCUUACAGGCCCACUGCCCCCUCUCCUCCAUUGGAUGUUCUCCAGAAGGGGCACCAAGUGCCACAGGCUAUAGCAGGGGUCAGCAACCUUUCAGAAGGUGUGGGCCGAGUCUUCAUUUAUUUACUCUAAUUUAAGGU